AUGGCUUCAAAAAGAUCAGCUUCCAUUGCCCUUCUUUUCACGCUCAACAUCCUUUUGUUUUCCCUAGGCACUGCUACUAACCCCUGCCCUCCCACCAACUCUAAUCGGAGGCCGAACCCGAAUCCAUCUGCACGUGGCAGAUGCCCUAGGGAUGCCCUUAAACUAGGUGUGUGUGCCAAUGUGCUUAACUUGGUCAAUGCCACCGUCGGUUCACCCCCGGUGCAGCCAUGUUGUUCCCUUCUCCAAGGCCUCGUCGACCUCGAAGCCGCUGUCUGCCUUUGCACCGCUAUCAGGGCUAACAUCUUAGGCAUCAACCUUAACAUCCCGAUUUCCCUUAGCUUGCUCCUCAACGUUUGCUCAAGGAAUGUUCCUAAGGGCUUCCAAUGCUAAAUCGCCACUCUUCCCUGUCUUCAUCUUUCUUAUUAUUCCAC